CCUCCGGUUCUCUCCCUCCCGCUUUCUUUUCCCCCUGCAGGUUCGCCCUCGGAAUCCUUUCUCGCUCGCAAAUGUAAUCCUCCUUCUUCAUUCCUUCUUGGAAACUUCCUUUCUCUUUCUCUCCUCCGCCCGGUCUCUCUUUUUGCAUCUUUUCCCGCGGUUAGCUGGUCUUUCCGCCCUCCAUGGAUGAGAUCUGGGAGAGGGAUCUCUCGCCGGAGCGGAUAGCCUACCUGGCGCAGUCGCGAAUUCCGGGCAUUAUCGCCUGCAACACGAUUCUCCUCGUGUUUGCGACGGCCGGGCUGCUGGUACGGCUGUUUGUUCGCGUCCGAUAUCUCACGGGGAUUAAUGUGGAUGAUGUGCUAUGUAUAGCCAGCUGGAUCUUCACGUUCGCUCUAUGCUUUACCACAAUGUGGAUGACCCGAUACGGCUUCGGCAAGCACAUCGGCACGGUGACGCGCUUCAGCGAUCGAUCCAUGUUCCUCAAGCUCGACUUCGUCACGAUGCUCACCUACGUCCUCGCUUUGGGCGCCAUCAAGAUCUCCUUCUGCGUGCUGUACCUGCAGAUCUUCCCCGGGCGGAAGUUCCGGAUUGCAUGCUGGUGCCUGCUGGCGAUCCUGAUCGGCGAGACCGUCGCCGAGACGUUUGUGGUCAUCUUCCAGUGCAUCCCCGUGCACAAGGCGUGGGACGCGACGGGCUUAGUGGAAGGCUACUGCGUCAACAUGACGGCGCUGUACUACUCCAACUUCGCAAUCAAGCUGGCGACCGACCUGGCGAUCUUUAUCAUGCCGAUACCGAAGCUGUGGCAGCUGAGAAUGACGCGCGGGAAGCGGAUGGGAUUGGUGGUGAUGUUUAGUUUGGGGUUGUUGGUCUGUGUCACCAGUAUCAUCCGCGUCUCGUACAUGAACUCCUUCGCCGUCGACCACACCUGGUCAAUGGUCAACACGGAACUCUGGUCCUGCGUCGAAGUCGCCGUCGCCCUCUUCAUCGCCUGCAUCCCCAGCUUCAAGACCCUCAUCAGCCACCGCUUCCCCGUGCUGCAGCGCCUGCUCGGCCUUUCCAGCGAGGGCGACUCCGCCGGCCCCUCCAAGAUGUACGGCACCGCCUCGCGCCGCACCUUCCCGGGCCACGGGCCCUCGAUGAGCAUCAAGCUCAACCCCGUCGCUGGGGCGGGCCACAGCGCCAGCAGCAGCCGCGCCGAGGCGGACUCCGGCAACGAGUCGCAGGAGCGCUUCAUGUUCCCCGAGGGGAUACACGUGGUGACGAAAGUUAGUGUCAAUGAGACGGUUUGAUUUUUUUUCACUUGGCACGCAAUGUCGUAGCAGGGCCGUAGA